CUUAUGAAUGUAUGUAUAACAAUAAUUGUAUCAUUAGUUUUGCAAUCCUUGAUAUUUUUUUUUUGCUGUCUAGACAUUGACGAAUGUGUUGAAGGGACUGAUAACUGUCACAUCGAUGCCAUCUGCCAGAACACCCCCCGGUCAUACAAAUGUAUCUGCAAGUCAGGCUACACAGGUGAUGGAAAACACUGCUCAGAUGUUGAUGAAUGUGACAAUGAAUAUAAUGGAGGCUGCGUCCAUGAGUGUAUCAACAUACCAGGAAACUACCGCUGUACCUGCUAUGAUGGAUUUAUGCUCGCACAUGAUGGCCAUAACUGCCUAGAUGUUGAUGAAUGCGCAGAGGGGAAUGGAGGCUGUCAGCAAAUAUGUGUGAACAUGAUGGGCAGUUACGAGUGUAGGUGUCGUGAUGGCUUUUUCCUCAGUGAUAACCAGCAUACCUGCAUCCUGCGUCCAGAAGGUCAGUCUGUGGUUAUUGAAGAAGGAAUGAACUGUAUGAACAAGAACCAUGGCUGUGCACACAUCUGCCGAGAAACACCCAAGGGAGGAAUUGCCUGUGAAUGCCGACCUGGAUUUGAACUUACCAAGAACCAGAGAGACUGUAAAUUGACCUGCAACUACGGAAACGGAGGUUGCCAACACACGUGUGAUGAUACAGAACAGGGCCCAAAGUGUGGCUGUCACAUGAAGUUUGCCCUGCACUCUGAUGGGAAGACUUGCAUAGGGGAGAGACGUCUUGAACAACAUGUUACCCCAGAGACGUUUUCUAAUGAGACAUGUGCAGUGAACAAUGGUGGAUGUGACAGCACAUGCCAUGAUGCCAUAACUGGAGUACGAUGUAGCUGUCCUGUAGGAUUUGCCUUGCAGCCUGACCGGAAGACAUGCAAAGAUAUAGAUGAAUGCCGUUUAAACAAUGGGGGCUGUGAUCAUGUCUGCAGGAACACUGUUGGCAGCUUUGAAUGCAGCUGCAAAAAAGGUUAUAAACUGCUGACCAACGAGAGAACAUGUCAAGACAUUGAUGAGUGCUCCUUUGAAAGAACUUGUGACCAUGCUUGUGUCAACUCUCCAGGAAGCUUCCAGUGUUUCUGCAACAAGGGCUACACACUGUAUGGCCUCACUCACUGUGGAGAUAUUGAUGAGUGCAGCAUAAACCAUGGAGGUUGUAAGUAUGGCUGUGUGAAUACUCCUGGGAGUUAUGAAUGUAUUUGCCCUCCAGGCUACAAACUACUCUGGAACAAGAAAGAUUGCAUAGAGCAGAUGAAAUGCCUGCCUCAUUUAGCUGCAUCACGAGCCACCCUCAGCUGUACCAGGAACGGCAAGAAGGAGAGCUGCCUCAUCAGCUGCACAUCGCGCUCCCUCUUCCAGGCAGAGUCUGAAAGCGGCUAUAGUAUAAGCUGUGGGGUUGCCACUCUUCAUGCUGGGGGAAAACAGAGGCAGAACAGCAGCUAUGAAACGUGCUUAGAGAUUUUAGCUCACUCAGUCAAGCAGAAGGCUUUAUUCAAGAUCAAGGAUGCCAAAUGUGACCUUCAUCCAAAACGAGUAAAGCUGGAGAAUGGAGCAAGACAUGCAAACUCAGGAAGUACAGCUCCCUGCUCUGAUUGUCAUAUUGCCUACAUUAAUCUGAAGUGUGACUCAUCCAAGAAGGGGAAAGGUCGACGUAUCCGCAACUCUCAGAGCAAAGAUGUUGCACGCAUCACACUAGAGGUUGUGGCUGAAAUCAACCCUGACGACAUUACAGCUAGCUGCGGCCUGAAUUGUCUGCGGCAGGGGUUGGAGAAGAAACUGAAAGCAGCCAUUAAAGCGUUGAAGAAAUCCAUAAACCAGGAACGCUUCCUGAUCCGCUUUUCAGGCUUGGACUAUGAAGUAAUCCAGAAGUUGUCGAGACCACCUAGGAGGCCAGAGCCGUGUGGCAUUGGGCAGCAGAACACUGCGGGGAAGUGUGUUAGCUGCUCGCCAGGAACUUUCUACAAUGGUGAACUCAGCCAGUGUGUCAUCUGUCCACCAGGAACAUACCAAGAGAAACAAGGACAGUUGUCUUGUGAUGUUUGCCCUGGAAGUGAUGCUAACAGCCCACCUGGAGCCAUAAACGUAACUAACUGUGCAGGUCAGUGUUCUGCAGGGCAUUAUUCUGUUGAUGGUUUCAAGCCAUGUCGACUCUGUCCUCGUGGUUCAUUCCAACCUGACAGUGGGAGAAUGCUUUGUUUUCAGUGUGGAGGGGGAUUAACCACCAAAUAUGAAGGAGCAUCCUCAUUCCAGGACUGCGAUACUAAGGUUCAGUGUUCUCCAGGCCAUUACUACAAUACAAGCAUCCACCGCUGCAUCCGCUGUCCACUUGGUACCUAUCAGCCAGACUUUCGACAGAAUUACUGCAUCACAUGUCCUGGGAAUACAACUACGGACUUUGAUGGAUCAACCUCAGUAUCACAGUGCAAAAAUCAGCAGUGCGGUGGAGAACUUGGAGAAUUCACCGGAUAUAUUGAAUCUCCAAAUUUUCCUGGCAACUAUCCAGCUAAUGUGGAGUGUACCUGGAACAUUAACCCUCCCCCAAAGAGGAAAAUUCUAAUUGUAGUUCCUGAGAUCUUCUUGCCUUCUGAGGAUGAAUGUGGAGAUGUGCUAGUUAUGAGAAAAAACUCUUCACCUUCAUCAAUCACAACAUAUGAAACCUGUCAGACGUACGAGAGGCCAAUAGCCUUCACUGCUCGAUCAAGGAAGCUGUGGAUAAAUUUCAAAUCCAAUGAAGCAAACAGUGCUCGAGGGUUCCAUAUACCAUAUGUUACAUACGAUGAGGACUAUGAACAACUUGUUGAAGACAUUGUCCGAGAUGGUAGAUUGUAUGCCUCAGAAAAUCAUCAAGAAAUUUUAAAGGAUAAGAAGUUGAUAAAAGCACUGUUCGAGGUGCUAGCCCAUCCACAUAAUUACUUCAAGUACACCCAGCAAGAGUCCAAAGAAAUGCUACCAGGAUCUUUUAUCAGACUUCUGCGUUCAAAAGUGGCCAGCUUUCUACGGCCGUACAAAUAAUGUACUGAAUACAUACCAAUCUGGACACAAGCAAGGGAACUGUUUUUUUUUUUUUUUUAUUUGUCUUUUAGUACUGGCUUUAAAUCAUAUCUCACUAUGCAGACGUUCGCUGAUAUUUUUCAAAUCUCCUGUACCAGUAAUGACUUUGAUUUGACUUAGAUCUAUACAGAAAUAAACAAGUACACACACA